AUGGAGAACACCCCUGCACUGUUGAACCUCUACACGUUCCUCCAAACUAGAAAAGCAUCCAAUCUUUCUGACUUCCUGCAGCCUUUCCAAAACUCCUCAGCUCCUUCCUUUUCCAAUACGGACUCCUCCCUUCCUCCCCCCCCGCCUGCUGACCUGCUGAUCUCCCCUAACAUUGCGUACAUGGUGGCAGAGAUAGUCAUCGCCUUUCUCUCUGCGGUUGGCAAUUUGCUGGUCUGCGUUGCCGUGGGCCUCAACCGCAAGUUACGCACCCUCACCAACUACUUCCUGGUGUCGCUGGCGGUCGCUGACAUCUGUGUGGGGGUGAUCGCCAUACCCUGUGCCGUCCUGACUGAUAUCGGUUUACCACGUCACAACUUUCCUCUGUGUCUGCUCAUGUUGAGUGUUUUGAUAAUGUUCACGCAAAGCUCCAUCUUCAGCCUGCUGGCGGUGGCGUCAGAGCGCUACGUGGCUAUCUUCAUGCCGUUCCGCUACAGCGCCCUGAUGACGCCUCGCAACGCCGUGUUAGUGAUCCUCUCCACGUGGCUGCUGGCCUUCCUCAUCGGGCUGGUUCCCAUGAUGGGCUGGCACAAGACGCCGCCGGAGUCAGGCCACUGUUUCUUCACUGCGGUGGUAGACAUGACCUACAUGGUUUAUUUCUGCUUCUUUGCCUUUGUGCUGACACCCUUGGUGAUCAUGUUUCUCAUCUAUGCCAAGAUUUUUUUGACGGUCAAGCGCCAAUUGAGGCGCGUCGUGUGUAAGCAGAAUGGUGGAGGGCAGGCGACAGCUAGCAUGCGGAGAGAGAUGAAGACUGCCACCACACUCUUCCUGGUUCUUUUCUUGUUCACAGUCUGCUGGAUACCGCUACAAAUCAUCGACUGCUUCCUGCUGCUGUGCCCACACUGCCCCGUGCCGCUCGAGCUGCUGCUCACUGCCAUUCUCCUGUCACAUGCCAACUCUGCCAUCAACCCCUUCCUGUAUGCAUAUACCAUGACAGCAUUCAGAGACACCUUUAGGGACAUUUUCAUGUGCUGUAGGACGACGGGAGAGAGAGAUGCUUCGAAUGCAGCCAGCGGUGUCGAUGGAGAAGGAGCGACUGUCCGAAACACACACUAG